AUGGCGGCCCACUGCAUUAUCCCGACCAGGGACGUUCUUCACGCCGUAGGGGAUAAAAGCUACGACAACUGGAUCGCCUGCCUCAAAACCUACCUUCUCUCUCAGGAUCUCUGGGAUUUAAUCGACCCCCCGGAACCUACUACCGCCGCCGCCGCCGCCGCUACAAGCGACGUGGCCGGGACUAGUGGUACUACUACUACUGGUAGUAGUAUUCCGGCGUGGCGGAGGAAGAAUGCGGCGGCUCUGCACGCGAUUCAGAUUUCUCUGGGUUGCGACAUCCUCCACCAGAUACGGGAAAUUAGUUCGGCGAAGGAGGCCUGGGACACUCUGGCCGGUAUGCAUCAGAAAAAGAAGAAGAAGAAGCUCCCACAAAACGAGCCUGGAGUUGGAGUUGGAGCUGGAGCUGGAACUGAAACUGAUGUGCAGCAGCAGCAGCAGCAGGGCGAUGCUGCUUCUGCUAAUUCGGAUGCGUUGAAUGACUGGUGCAAGCGACUGGAUAUGCCGAGUCGUCGUCCCCUAACGACGUUCCGUUACUAUCCAGUCGGGUUGAAUCCCCUAGCGGGCGCCCGAUCUGUCUUCUGGCUGCGCUGGUACUGCUGGAUAUCUUCAUUAGUCCACGUCAUCAGACUGCAAGAUUCUUCGAGCUCGUCGAGAGACCACAGCUUCGGGAUGAUGAUGAGCUCGUCGGAUGACGACAUCGACGAUGAGAUCAACGACACCCAAAUAGCCACCCGCGACCUCCACAAAUUGAGCAGCACCAAGACCAAAGAGCGCUCAAGGCAGCGCUCAUCGGCGGACGACGCCGCCGCCGGCGAAAAAUGGAUGAAGGAGACCGCCACGUCCUCCACCGUCGUCGGGUCCCUCAUCAUCACCAUCAUGUUCACGGCCGCGUGCACCGUCCCGGGGGGGAACAACCAGGAGAAGGGCACGCCGAUUCUGCUCCACGACAAGGCGUUCAAGAUCUUCAUCGCCUCCGACGCUCUGUCCCUCUUCGCCGCCUCCACGUCGGUGCUGAUGUUCCUCGGGAUCCUUACGUCGCGCUACGCUGAGGCCGAUUUCCGGCGAUCGCUGCCGACCAAGCUGGUGAUCGGGCUGUCGACGCUCUUCGUCUCGAUUGCUGCCAUGAUGGUGACGUUCUGCGCCACCGUGAUGAUCGUCAUGGACCACCGGCCGUUGUACGUGGUUCCGAUUGUGAUGAUGGCCAGCGUUCCGGUGACGCUGUUUAUGUUCCUGCAGUUUCCUUUGCUGGUUCAGAUUUUCAGGGCGACUAAUUAUGGGCCCCACUCGAAUCAGUUUGACCGGAAGAUGAAGCCCUGGCUUUUGAGUCUUUGA